AGUAAUAGUAUGGAUUUACUCGAGGCAGUCUCCGAUAAAUGCUGGCGUAGCCUACGAAAACACCCUCGCUCCCAGCGUACCCCUUACCCUACCCCUGAGAGCACCGUCAAGAGCUCAUGGCAAAGAGGCCGUCACAAUACAGCACCAGCCAAGAUGGCGGUGGCUGAGGAUAUACUGAAAGACCCCUACUUUGCAGAUCUCGACAUUGAUUUGAGCCAAUUUUCUGAAGAGGAGAAAACGGUGAUACUUGGCGUCAUGCAAAAAGCCAAGGUUCUUGAUCAGCAGCAAAUUGAAGAUAAAUUCAGGAAACCAACAGAGGGACAACUUAGCAAAUGGACAAAUCUAAUGAAGGGCUGGCAGUUUAGAUGGUUCACUCUUGAUCCUGGUUCUGGGUUAUUGGAAUAUUAUGUGGAUAAAGAGAAGAAGAAGCUGGGACCAAGAGGAUCAGUUUAUCUUGGGGGAAGUAUGAUAGCUCCCAGUGAUGAGGAUUCAUUCACAUUCAGUGUUAGUGCAGCUAAUGGUGAUAUUUUUAAACUGCGAGCCAAUGAUGCAAAAGAAAGACAGGACUGGAUUAAUAAACUGAGAAGCGUGGCAGAGUUUCAUACAUCAAGUAUUGCUCAGGCUGCCCCACCAUUAUACACCACACACAGUUUUUCUGUGUCAGCUGCACAGUCAAGUGGUCCUGUCAAGCCAAACACAACGACAGCAUCCUCAAGUGGCCAUCCUAAUGUUGCAGCGGCAGAUGAGUUGGUGUCAGACUCACCCAAAGUGACACACAAAACCUAUCAUGUACCUGAAAAGAUCAUGGAGGGAAUGUCCCACGUUAGAGAUGACCUGUACAGAAUAGAAGAUCAACAGAUGGUUUUUAUUGAUCAAUUAGAGUUGGAUCCAACAGGAGAAGAAUCACUCUUUCCUUUGGAUAAUGAUGUACUGAUUUUAAAAGCAACUGCUCAGUCUGCUCUCAGUACGCUGCAUCACUGUUUUUCGAUCCUCCAAGGACAGGCAGCCGAUGUUCAAAGUGAAACUUCAGCAGAAGCGUUGCAGCAGGACGAAAAUACUUCCGAGUUUCAAAGAACUCAGGGUCAGAUCAGCGACAACGCUAUGAGUCGACGACGUCAUUUGAGCUUCAAGACUCAUGGGGAUAAAACCGGCGGAGAGAGUAGGUCGUUUGGCUUCCACAGAAAUGUUGGGACUCCAAAAUCGCAAAGAAAGGACGGCAAAACAUCUGAUAUUACCACGGAUAGCUCAGGUGUAACGUGUUGCGAGAAAGCCAGGGCCGAGAUGAAAUACAUUGACGCUCGUAGAGAGGAAGAGGAAACUGACGACGAGGCCUAUUGUACAGGAGAAGAACCUGAAAACCAGUCGGUUGAGGAACAUAAAAGUGUUAUACUACAUCUUGUCUCUCAGCUCAAGCUAGGAAUGGACUUGACUAAGGUUGUUUUACCAACAUUUAUUCUUGAGCCGCGUUCCUUGUUGGAAAUGUAUGCAGACUUCUUUGCCCAUCCUGAUUUGUUUAUUAAAAUUCCUGACGGUCUCACGGCAGAAGAUAGGAUUUUAUCUGUUUUAGAAUUCUACUUAACUUCCUUCCAUGCAGGAAGAAAGGGUUCUCUAGCCAAGAAACCCUACAAUCCCAUAUUAGGAGAGACAUUUCACUGUUCCUGGAAAGUGCCAAGUUUGUCUAGCGGGAAACAAGCUUCCACAAACAGUCAUAUUGAUCACUCUUCGACGGCCUCUGAUGAAGGAAAAGUUUCGUUUGUUGCAGAACAGCUUUCCCAUCAUCCUCCGAUUUCCGGGUUUUACGCUGAAUGUCCAAGCAAGAAGCUGUGUUUUAAUGCUCAUAUUUGGACGAAGUCGAAGUUUUAUGGAAUGUCUAUAGGUGUAGUGAAUCAAGGAGUAGGUGUAAUUACCUUGUUAGAGCACAACGAAGAUUAUGUUAUAACGUUUCCUAGCACGUAUUGCAGGUCAAUUUUAACCUUUCCCUGGGUGGAGUUAGGUGGAAAAGUGAACAUCACGUGCGCCAAGACCGGCUACAACGCGUCUGUGACGUUUCACACCAAGCCUUUUUAUGGCGGGAAACUUCAUCGAGUCACUGGCGAAGUGAAAAACACGUCAUCUGGAAAAGUUAUCUGUAAAGUGAAUGGCGAGUGGAAUGGCCAGAUAGAAAUGACCUUCACCAGUCAUCAGGAAGAACCAAAGAUUAUCGACACAGAGGCACUUCAGGUUUAUCGAAAGAGUAUCUGUCCUCAGUCAAAACAAGAAGAGUUUGAGUCUCGCCGGUUAUGGCACAGAGUCACGCAUGCACUGAAGACUGAUGACAUCGAUUCGGCAACGUCAGCGAAACACGAGCUUGAAGAAAGACAAAGAAAGGAGGCACGAGAAAGGAAAGAGACUGGUGUCGAGUGGAAAACAAAAUUGUUUCAUCGCCAUGGUGAUGGUUGGAUGUAUAACCAUCACAUGAAAACUUUACUCAAAUCCAGUUCAGAAGAGGCGUCUUCGACUUCAACUCAACCAACAGAGCAAUGAGAAAUACAUUGCAAAGUCAAUGGAAAAAGUGACCAGCAACUACCGCAUCAGUUUUAGGAUAGCAUCCUUCUUAGCGAGGAAAACAAGGAAGUUACCACUCCCUUCAUCUGUGGAAUAUGAUUUAUUUCCCGCCUAUUACUGAUUAGUUGAUUUUAUCCAGCGGAUGACAUAUCUGAAAGAAUAACGAGUUCAUGUCUUCUGGAAGAGUUGGAAACCAUUCUGUUUCUACUGGGAAGUGGAGGAUGCCUUUAGACAGUAAUAAAAAAGUGACAAACGUGAUAGAGAUAGAUAUGUUUGUACAUCACGCGACUAUUUACUUUUAUUUAAUUGAAAAAAAUAACUUAUUAGGUGAAUUUUUUCAUGAUCGUGAUAACGAGUUCUGGGACGUUUGCGAUUGAGUGGUUGGGCAACCGAUCAGAAAAGCGUGCUUGAAAUGUAUUCCUAGAGGCUGCCUGAAGUAAUAUCAUCUGUCUUACACUGCAGUCUUACGAUCGACUGGGUGCGUGUCAUCUUUUAAUUUGGUGGUAUUCAACACCUGUAAUUGGCGCAUGUGUUUCCUUUGCGAUCACAUCGCGUCCAAUCCUCGGUCUCGAUCCACAUCGGAAGUGACCAAAUCGUUAGACAAGUGAUAACGAUUCAUUACGAGAGUAAUAACUGUUAUCUUUUGUACGAUACUUAUCUUUUGUUUAUGACAAUUUCGACAAUAUCUUUGUAAAAGUAACCCCCCUCCCCAUGGGUUAUUACGAUCAUUAAAAUGAGCGAGCCUAACUGAACGUAAACAAGUAUAUUUUUCAAACGCAGAAUCGAGUCCUAUCAGAAUUUGCCACUAGGUAGGAGAACAGAUAGAAUGAAACCUAAUGGCUUGACGAAAUUCUGCUGAAGUAACUGGAAUUUUUAUAGUUAAUGCAUGAAAUGGAGUAUAGUCCAUUAAAAAUAGCGGAAUAUUAAAAUUGUCAGUUUUAGUGCU